GGCCUUGUGCGACAUGGGCUGCGCCGAGGGCAAGGCGGCGGCAGUGGCCGCCCCAACGGAGCUGCAGACCAAAGGCAAGAACAGCGGUGGCCGCCGUAGGUCAGCUAAAGAUGAUCACCCUGGUAAAACUUUGCCAGAGAACCCAGCAGGAUUCACCAGCACGGCCACUGCAGACUCCAGAGCCCUGCUUCAGGCCUAUAUAGACGGUCACUCUGUGGUCAUCUUCAGUAGGUCCACAUGCACACGCUGUAUGGAGGUAAAGAAGUUAUUUAAAUCUCUGUGUGCUCCUUAUUUUGUCCUUGAACUUGAUCAAACAGAGGACGGUCGGGCUCUGGAAGGAACGCUCUCGGAAUUGGCCACGGAAACCGAUCUGCCCGUUGUGUUUGUGAAACAGAGAAAGAUAGGCGGCCAUGGUCCAACCUUGAAGGCUUAUCAGGAGGGCAGACUUCAAAAGCUACUAAAAAUGGACGGCCCUGAAGAUCUUCCCGAGUCCUAUGACUAUGACCUUAUCAUCAUUGGAGGUGGCUCAGGAGGCCUGGCAGCUGCUAAGGAGGCAGCCCGAUAUGGCAAGAAGGUGAUGGUCCUGGACUUUGUCACUCCCACGCCUCUUGGAACUAGAUGGGGUCUUGGAGGAACAUGUGUGAAUGUGGGUUGCAUACCUAAAAAACUGAUGCAUCAAGCAGCUUUGUUAGGACAAGCCCUGCAAGACUCUCGAAACUAUGGAUGGAAAGUCGAGGAGACAGUUAAGCAUGAUUGGGACAGAAUGAUAGAAGCUGUACAGAAUCACAUUGGCUCUUUGAAUUGGGGCUACCGAGUAGCUCUGCGGGAGAAAAAAGUCGUCUAUGAGAAUGCUUACGGGCAAUUUAUUGGUCCUCAUAGGAUUAAGGCAACUAAUAAUAAAGGCAAAGAAAAAAUUUAUUCAGCAGAGAGAUUUCUCAUUGCCACUGGUGAAAGACCACGUUACUUGGGCAUCCCUGGUGACAAAGAAUACUGCAUCAGCAGUGAUGAUCUUUUCUCCUUGCCUUACUGCCCGGGUAAGACUCUGGUUGUUGGAGCAUCCUAUGUCGCCUUGGAGUGUGCUGGAUUUCUUGCUGGUAUUGGUUUAGACGUCACUGUUAUGGUUAGGUCCAUUCUUCUUAGAGGAUUUGACCAGGACAUGGCCAACAAAAUUGGUGAACACAUGGAAGAACAUGGCAUCAAGUUUAUAAGACAGUUUGUACCAAUUAAAGUUGAACAAAUUGAAGCGGGGACACCAGGCCGACUCAGAGUAGUAGCUCAGUCCACCAAUAGUGAGGAAAUCAUUGAAGGAGAAUAUAAUACGGUGUUGCUGGCAAUAGGAAGAGAUGCUUGCACAAGAAAAAUUGGCUUAGAAACCGUAGGGGUGAAGCUAAAUGAAAAGACUGGAAAAAUACCUGUCACAGAUGAAGAACAGACCAAUGUGCCUUACAUUUAUGCCAUUGGCGAUAUACUGGAGGAUAAGGUGGAGCUCACCCCAGUUGCAAUCCAGGCAGGAAGAUUGCUGGCUCAGAGGCUCUAUGCAGGUUCCACUGUCAAGUGUGACUAUGAAAAUGUUCCAACCACUGUAUUUACUCCUUUGGAAUAUGGUGCUUGUGGCCUUUCUGAGGAGAAAGCUGUGGAGAAGUUUGGGGAAGAAAAUAUUGAGGUUUACCAUAGUUACUUUUGGCCAUUGGAAUGGACAAUUCCUUCAAGAGAUAACAACAAAUGUUACGCAAAAAUAAUCUGUAAUACUAAAGACAAUGAACGUGUUGUGGGCUUUCACGUACUGGGUCCAAAUGCUGGAGAAGUUACACAAGGCUUCGCAGCUGCGCUCAAAUGUGGACUGACCAAAAACCAGCUGGACAGCACAAUUGGAAUCCACCCUGUCUGUGCAGAGGUAUUCACAACAUUGUCUGUGACCAAGCGCUCUGGGGCAAGCAUCCUUCAGGCUGGCUGCUGAGGUUAAGCCCCAGUGUGGAUGCUGUUGCCAAGACUCCAAACCAUGCCCAAAUCCCCAAGGCGAAGUUUUCUAGAGGGUUCUUGGGCUCUGGGCACCUGCAUGUCCUGUGCUUACCAUCGCCCAAGGCCCCCUUGGAUCUCUUGGAUAGGAGUUGGUGAAUAGAAGGCAGGCAGCAUCACACUGGGGUCACUGACAGACUUGAAGCUGACAUUUGGCAGGGCAUUGAUGGGAUGCAUCCAUGAAGUCACCAGUCUCAAACCCAUGUGGUAGGCGGUGAUGGAACAACUGUCAAAUUAGUUUUACCAUGACCUUUCCUUGUGGAUUUUCUUAUUCUCGUUGUCAAGUUUUCUAAUUUUUUUCUUUUUUCUCCAUGGCGUUAAUGAUAUUAGAGAUGAAAAAC